GAUCCGCUCAAAUCCCGGUCGCGGCGUCGAUCCGGCUGACGGUCGAGGCCGCCGUUGCGCCCUUAACGCUCUCAAGAUCGAGCAUGGUGCCGCCGCCAGGAGGCUCCAGGCGCGCGUUAACUCUAAACGGCGGCGAGGGUUCCGUCCAACAGGGAGGCGUUUGAGGAUGGCGGUGUGAAUACGGCCGAAAGGAGGGCUGUUUUACAUGCCGUCGUUUAAGAUCUAUCGUGGGGUUGCGGGUUUGUAUGAUUAUGGACCACCUGGAUGCGCCGUCAAGUCUAAUGUGCUCGCGUUCUGGCGUCAGCAUUUUGUUUUGGAGGAGGGCAUGUUGGAAGUUGACUGCCCCUGUGUCACUCCAGAUGUUGUCCUGAAGGCAUCUGGCCAUGUGGACAAGUUCACUGAUCUGAUGGUCAAGGAUGAGAAGACUGGAACUUGUUAUCGUGCUGAUCAUUUGCUCAAAGACUUCUGCAAAGAAAAGUUGGAGAAGGAUCUCACUUUAUCAUCUGAAAAGGCUGCUGAGCUGAAGCAUGUUGUUGCAGUCUUGGAUGAUCUCUCUCCUGAAGAAUUGGGUGCAAAGCUAAAGGAAUAUGGAAUCACUGCUCCUGACACCAAGAACGCAUUGUCAGAUCCUUACCCAUUUAACCUUAUGUUCCAGACUUCAAUUGGACCAUCAGGUUUGCUUCCUGGGUACAUGAGACCGGAGACAGCUCAGGGGAUAUUUGUGAAUUUCAAAGACUUGUACUAUUACAAUGGAAACAGGCUUCCAUUUGCAGCAGCACAAAUUGGACAGGCCUUCAGAAAUGAGAUAUCACCUCGCCAAGGCCUUCUGAGAGUCCGUGAAUUUACACUUGCGGAGAUUGAACACUUUGUGGAUCCAGAGGACAAAUCUCAUCCAAAAUUUGCUGAUGUUGCUGAAUUGGAGUUCUUGAUGUUUCCGAGAGAAGAGCAACUAUCUGGGCAAUCAGCCAAGAAAAUUGUCCUGGGUGAAGCAGUAUCAAAGGGAACUGUCAACAAUGAGACUCUUGGCUACUUCAUUGGAAGAGUGUACCUCUUCCUCACUCAUCUUGGAAUUGACAAAGAGAAAUUGCGUUUCCGUCAGCAUUUGCCCAAUGAGAUGGCUCAUUAUGCUGCAGAUUGUUGGGAUGCAGAAAUUGAGUGCUCAUAUGGAUGGAUAGAGUGUGUUGGGAUUGCUGAUAGAUCUGCUUAUGAUCUAAAAGCACAUUCAGAAAAAAGCGGUGUUGCUCUUGUUGCCCAGGAAAAGUUUUCGGAGCCUAGAGAAGUGGAGAAGCUAGUUAUAGUCCCAUCAAAGAAGGAUCUGGGUCUUGCAUUCAAGGGUAGCCAAAAGAUGGUGGUGGAAGCUUUGGAGGCCAUGAAUGAAACUGAAGCAUUGGAGAUGAAAGCUGCUUUGGAAUCUGAAGGUGAAGUUGAGUUCAAUGUUUGCACUCUGGGGAAAACUGUUAGUAUAAAGAAAAAUAUGGUCUCAAUUAGUCUGGAAAAGAAGAAGGAACAUCAAAGAGUAUUUACACCCUCUGUGAUCGAGCCAUCCUUUGGCAUUGGUCGAAUUAUUUACUGUUUAUAUGAGCACUGCUUCUACACCAGGCCCAGCAAAGCAGGGGAAGAGCAGCUGAAUGUGUUCCAAUUUCCUCCACUUGUGGCUCCCGUCAAAUGUACAGUCUUUCCACUGAUAAAGAGUAAAGAAUUUGAUGAUGUUGCCAAAGAAAUUGCGAAGUCUCUAAGAGCUGCUGGAAUUUCACACAUUAUAGAUAUCACAGGUACAUCAAUAGGAAAACGAUAUGCAAGAACGGAUGAAAUUGGAGUUCCCUUCGCUGUUACUGUUGACUCAACAACAAAUGUGACUAUCCGUGAGAGGGACAGUAAGAACCAAAUCCGUGUGAACACCAAUGAGGUGGCAUCCGUGGUGAAAGAGGUCAUAGACGGGCAAAGCACGUGGGCUGAUAUCAUGUGGAAAUACCCUGCUCAUCACACUGCCCCAACUGCUAAUGAGGAGUGAGAGUGUGCAAUUUAGGCCGGUUAUUUUGGGGCUAGCAUUUCCAGAACACGCAACAUUUUAAAAUUUGUCUUGCGGAAUGCUUUAAAUUAUUACAAGUUUGAUGCAGUAUACAUCUGUGUUAUUUACCUUUAAUGUAUGCUUACUGCGGCUUCUUAAUAUUGCUAAGAAAGCUUGAUUUAGGAUUACUUCUUAUUUGUGCAAUAUAUGAAAGAACUGUGGGGGUUGUUGGAGGAGCUGCACUUUCAGUUAAUUCCUAUUUGGUACAAUAUACAUCAAACUUGUGAUGCUGCU